AUGAACGACAUGGACGAGAAGCGUAGUGACAGCUCGAUCGCACCGGACAUCCAAUGGAACGAGAGACGACCUAGCGAGAAGCUCCCAGCCGUCGAGAGCGCCGACAUCGAUCCAUCCACGCACCGCCUCAUUAAUCGCAAGUUCGACACUCGCAUCCUUCCCUGGCUCUUUGGCAUGUGGUUGCUCUCAUUCAUUGACAGGCAAGAUCUCAACCUUCAAGGCCAAAAGUUCAACAUUGCGCUCGCCAUCUUCUACGUCCCAUACAUCUGCGUCGACGUCCCGAGUAAUCUCGUACUCAAGUAUUGCAAGGCGGGAUACUAUUUGCCGGCCCUGUUGACAUGCUGGGGAUUGGUGGGGACGUUCAUGGGGUUCGUGAAGAGCUAUGGAGGGCUGUUGGCGGCUCGCUUCUUCCUUGGAUUAUGCGAGGGCGGCCUGCUGGGAGGGAUGAUCCUCUACUUGUCCAUGUUCUACCAGCGACAUGCCAUGCUGUGGAGAGUGGGACUCUUCUACUGUGCGGCGCCAUUGUCGGGAGCUUUCGGUGGCCUGUUGGCGACGGGGUUGGCUCAGAUCAAGACUCCAGGAUACAACGGGUGGCCGUUCAUCUUCUUCGUCGAGGGUGCCAUCACCACAGUCUUCGGCAUCGUCGCCUUUUUCUUCCUCCCAAACACCCCUUCCGACGCCAAGUUCCUGACUCCAGAGCAACGAGAUGCGGCAGUCAAAAGGAUGGCAGAUGACAGCCAGAGCGCAUCGACACGCGAUGUUGAUUCCGAGAAGUUCGACUGGCACUGGGUCAAAGUCGCCCUGCUGGAUGUCAACGUGCAGCUGCUGUCUCUCAUCUUCUUUCUCAUCAUCACUCCCAUUUACAGCUUCAGCCUCUUCUUGCCUACCAUCAUCAAGAGCCUGGGCUACAGCAGGGUGGUGUCGCAACUCUUUACUGUCCCGCCAAAUAUCUGCGGCUUCUUCACAGUUCUCUUCGCGUGCUGGAUAUCCGAUCGCACCAAACAGCGUGGCGUAUACAUGAUCGUCGGGUGUGUGGUGACGAUCGUGGGAUAUAUCAUGCUUAUCUCGACCGACCGCAAGUUGAUCCAAUAUGGCGGAACGUUCCUGGUCGCCGCUGGGAUCUUCCCUUGCAGUCCUCUCGUCAUGGCCUGGCUAUCGAACAAUCUUGCACCACACUUCGUCAGGGCCACUGGAACCGGCUACCAAAUCAUGAUUGCCAAUUUCGCAGCCUUCAUAGCCACCUUCACAUAUAUCGACAAAGACGCCCCGAGAUACAUCACUGGCCAUGCGAUCAAUAUCGGAACAGUCGGCGCGGCCAUUGUCUGCAUUGUCGUAUUGCUGUUCUACAACCGAGUUGAAAACCGGAAGAGGGCCAGCGGGAAGAGAGACAACAGGCUGCAAGAGGAGAGCGAAGAUCGGUUGGGAUCGAGACAUCCAAAUUUCCGGCUUACUUUGUAA